AUGGCAGACCGUAAACGUUCAGAAAGACAAUUUAAAAUUGGAGAUCAAGUCUAUGUGAAGCUCCAACCGUAUAGACAAGUAACUAUGCAUUCAGGCAAUCAAAAGUUCCAGCCACGAUACUUUAGUCCAUUCACUAUCUUAGACAAAGUGGGUGCGGUAGCAUACAGGCUGCAGCUACCGACUGAUGCAGCGAUUCAUGAUGUUUUCCAUGUUUCCCUCUUACGACCUGCUUACUCUCGAGUUGUUGUUUCUCCUACCUUACCUCCACAAUUUACCCCGCAACGCUGGCCUCAGUGCAUUCUUGAUAGGAAAAUGGUUCGUAGGCGCAACAUUCCAGCUGUUAAGCUAUUAAUCCAAUGGCCAAAUGAGACACACGAAACUACUAUUUGGGAGUUUGCUGAUACCAUCCGUAACCAAUUCCUUUUUUUUCCCUUGAGGACAAGGAAAUCGAAGGGGGAGUAUUUGAUACAAACUGUUAAGACAAAAGGAUGA